AUGGCGCCCAAGAAGCGAAAGGCGGAUCCGGCCCAGUCCGCCGCCCUCGCCGCCGCCGCCGCCGCCUCCGACCCCGCCGCCACCAACCACCAGCAGGACCUCCCGUCCCCCGACCUCAAGCCCCGCGGCACCAUCUACUUCCCCAUCGCCGACGACCCCCCGGAGCCCGCCGCCGACGCCGCCGACGACGACGACGGCGCCGACGGCGACGACAAGGAGGACGUCGCCAAGAUGCUCGAGCCGCUCUCCCGGGAGCAGCUCGUCGACCUGCUCCGCGCGGCCGCCGAGGCGAGCCCCGCCACCAUGGCGGCCGUGCGGGUCGCGGCCGAGGCCGACCCCGCCAGCCGGAAGCUCUUCGUGCACGGCCUCGGCUGGGGCGCCGGCGCCGACGACCUCCGCUCCGCCUUCUCCCGCUUCGGGGACCUCGAGGACUGCCGCGUCAUCUGCGACAAGCAGUCGGGCAAAUCCAAGGGCUACGGCUUCGUCCUCUUCCGCUCCCGCGGCGCCGCCAAGCGCGCCCUCCGCCGCCCCCAGCUCCAAAUCGGCGGCCGCCUCGCCUUCUGCCACCUCGCCGCCUCCGGCCCUGCUCCCCCGUCCGCGCAGGCCCAGAACCCUAGCUCCAAUUCCAACGCCAACACCAACACCGGUACCACCAACACCGCCCCUGCUUCCUCCUCCUCCUCGCAACCCGACAACAUGCAGCGCAAGAUCUUCGUUGGCAACGUGCACGCCGAUGUCGAUGUUGACCGCCUCUACGAGUACUUCUCGCAAUUCGGCGAGAUCGAGGAGGGGCCACUGGGUUUUGACAAGAGCACUGGCAGGCCCAAGGGGUUCGCGCUCUUCGUCUACAAGUCUGUGGACAGUGCCCGGCGUGCCCUGGAGGACCCGAACAAGAGUUUCGAUGGCAAGGUGCUCAAUGUGCAGAAGGCAAUAGAUGGGAGGUCGAAGACGCCUGGGUCCAACUCAAAUGCCAAUCCUAGCGCCACCGCUGCUUCUGCGCAAAUGGCCGCGCCUGCAAUUGCCACCAUCAAUCCAUAUGAUCCAGCAUCGGUGUACGGUGCUACUUCUGUUCAUGACAUGGGCUUCGCCCAGCAAGCUGCCAUGCUGGGGCUUGGUGCGCAGCAGCAAGCAUUUGCGCAGCCCAAUACUGCAAUGCUUGCCAUGAUGGCAGCCGCGAUGCAGAACCCAGCCAUGCUUGCGGCGCUCAAUCCGGCUUUUGCUGCUAUGGGUGCUGGGGGGCAGCACACUGGCAUUCCUGGUUUUGGAGCUCAAGGUUUCGGGACGCAGGGGUUCGGAGCUGCUGGUGUCAAUUUCCCAACUGCAGCAGGUCUCCAGGGAGCUGCAUCAUAUCAGGGUGGCCCUCCUGGUUUCCAGGGGACACCUGGGUUCCCAACUUCUGCUGGGUUUCAGGUUGGCCAAGCCGCUACCCAAGCUGCCGGUACUACUGCAGCUGCUGCUGGUGCUGCUGGUUACCAGGCUGGGGCUGCUGGGCAGGGUCAAGUGCCCAGUUCCCAGACUGGCUUUCAGGGUGGCUAUUGACAGCACUAGUUUGGCAUCUGCUGGUCGUGGUUCGUUCGUGUGGUUUUGCAUUCGGAUGGAUUUUGAACCUGUGUUGGUGCUCAAGUGUUGCGGAAGAGUUCCUGCUGUUGACUUUUACUGCCAGAUGCUUUUCAAUCAGAUGCCUUCUUGGCAGUAUUUGCAGAAGGAACUUUUGUUGAAGUACUUAUGUUGUUCUUAUUGCCAACUAUGUAGUUUCGCCCUUGCAACUUCAUCAUGUACUUUAUUGUUCUGUAGUUGGUUUCAUGUACUGAAGUAUCUGUAUUUGACUACUUGGGUUGUUAUCUGGUCUUAUUGAUUAUGUGAAAUGGUUUCUGGGCACUUGAUCUCAGUUUGGUUGUAGUUGCAGUGGGAUUUGGAGGUAUGGGAUAUUCAUAUCUUUUGCACUCAUCCUGGAAAUUUCUGACUUCAGGUAGAGUUUGACAGAUGUGGCGUUCAAAAUCUUUAGUAACCGAGAGAGCUUUAUUCUCCUUGGAACUUGUUUCUUGAAAUGUUGAGUUUUUUUUGCUAUAGCCAUGGAAAAUAGGUUUAAAGCGUGCCUCGUGUUAUAUAUACCAUCUCAGAAAUAGUUAUCUGCAUUUAAGGAUGGUGAUCAACUGAUCAUAAUUCAUUUCUGGCGUAAAAAAUAGACCAUAAGGAACUAGACCACGUGGCCAUGGAAAAUAGGUUUAAAGCGUGUCCCGUUUUAAAUAUAUACCAUCUCAGAAAUAUUGAUCUGCAUUUAAGGAUGGUGAUCAACUGAUAAUAAUUCAUUGAAGGCGUAAACAACAGAUCAUCAGGAACUAGACCACGUGGCCUUUUUAAGAGACGACCAUGAGGCAGCUCGUGUGGGCGGAGCACAGGGCUUGGACACAGGUCGCGGGGUUCGGAGCACGGCACACCUAUGCGCACACCUCUAACCAACUGGUCGAUGACCCUGUUCUUAAAUGAUUAUAUUCUCUUCAAGGCAUGUUCUUGGAGAAGUAUCUUGAACACAAUUAUACAAUGAAGCCAUAGCAGUCUGGACUCUUUCAUUUUUUGUUCACACGAUUGGUUAUGCCUUUACUCUUCAUAAAGGAAUUUAGCUACACUAGAAUCAAAUUUUGGUUGAGGGUAUUUGCUUGUGCUUGGAUAUGCUGAUCAAUUUACCACAAACAAGGACCAAAAUCUGCUAGUUGUUCUGUAAUGAUAUGUUGGUAUUGAAUUGCAAGGAUUUGAUCAUUUAUCUUGCUCCCUGUAUAUGUGUGAUGCUUAGGCCAUGACUAGGCAUAUCCGUAUAUAAUUACCACAAACAAGGACCAAAAUCUGCUAGUUGUUCUGUAAUGAUAUGUUGGUAUUAAAUUGCAAGGAUUUGAUCAUUCGUGUUGCUCCCUGUAUAUGUGUGAUGCUUAGGCCAUGACUAGGCAGAUCCGUAUAUAAUUAAUUAGAUUCGAAUGCAGAAUUUAAUCAGACCUGGGCUGUUGUACAUUGGUGUCCAAAUUCAAUCGAUGCGCUUAGAGGGGACACUUAGGGAGUUAGCAUGAGUUAAUAUUACUCCUUCAUUAGUUUACUCUUCUUCGUUUCUAUGGAGGGGUGAUAUCCUUUUCUGUUCUCUCUUGAUCCUCUGCCAAGUGUGAUUUGACAACGCCUUAUGCUUUUGAGCCCUUGAUACCAUUUUUUUUUCACUUCUGGCAAGUAUCUCAUGAAUACUUCUACAGUACUACCAACAGAUGAAUCCUUUUCUGUUCUCUCUUGAUCCUCUGCCAAGUGUGAUUUGACAACGCUUAUGCUUUGAGCCCUUGAUAACAUCUUUUUUACUUCUGGCAAGUAUCUCAUGAAUAAUUCUACCAACAGAUGAAUUUCUGAAUGUUUCACAUGUACUUGAAUAUAAAUUUCUUAAUACUAGCUAGUACACGUGAAAACCAAGCCAGUCUAUGAAAUUAGCUAUGUCAUUCACCGAAUCAGGUUGCAUUGCAUGUAAUGCUUUGAACUGUAGCCCCCUUUAAGUCAUUGAUGGAUUACCCAUUGUUCAAAAAAUGGCCGAGAUACCGAUUUAUCGUGAAUCGGGUGAUAACCGAUAAGAUUUCCGCAUAUCGGCUAAUUUAUCGCCCGCACCGAUUUGCAGCCGAUAUUUCGGCCGUUUUUCGAUGAAAUUGCGCUGAAAUUUGGUCUGAUAGUCGAUGUUUUCGUAAUAUAGUCUUGUAGAACUGUGCAUUAGCUCAAAUUUUCCAUUUUUAUUGAUUCAAAUGCAAGGAAUAAAGGUGAUACUUCUAUCCAAUGCUCUAAUGUUAUUCUUACAUAGCAUAUUAUAGAAAAUUUAGUGCCAAAAAUUUGGAUUUAGAAAAAAAUAAGCCAAUAAAUGGCCGACCGAUAAAAUCGAUUAAUCGGCCGAUAAGCGAUUAAUCUCCAUUUUGAGGCUGACCGAUUAGUUAACGAUUAACGAUUUCUUGAACAUUGGGAUUACCCUUUGAUCUGCUUUUUGUAUAUAGAUUAAAAAUUACAUCAAGUUUCUUCUAUGAAUUAAAUUACGUUGCGCCAAUUGGGCUUUCAUUAUUCAUAAUACAACUUUAAGUUUCCAUGCUGGAGUAGCAUUUAGUUAAUAUUUGUAUUGAAAGAUGGCCAUGUUGGGCAGAUGAAACUUCUCUAAAAUGGCAAGUCCCAAGCAACAAAGCUUCAUCUAACCAAUUUCUUCUUGCCCAUCCCAAAGUUUGCUGAUAUGGAACUAUUCUUGUUACCAGUUAUGCUUCAUUCUUACCUGUACUGCUUGAAUUGUCAUUUUCAAGUAUAUAUGGUCGUUAUGGUGCUUUAAAUCUACUCUACUUGUCAUUUUUUUUUUGCUAUCGAGUCUUUUCGUUCUGGUUCAUCAACUAUUGUUGUAAAGUGUGAACAGCUUAUCACUUGCACCCAUCUGCUAUUAGGUAUCUUUGUUUUGAGCUUACCAUAUCAGGUCGCAUUCUUACUGUUUGAUAAGAUUCUGUCAUGGUAAUUUUGGAAACAAUGUCUUCCUAGUUUGGGAACAUCUUAUUGGGCUCUUCUCUUCAUAAUUGUUUACAACUUGAGCAAGUGAAGACUUUUCUUUCAGGCGCAACCCAGAGAACGCGCAUGCAGCUUCUUUGAGCUUAGGAAAUUUUCAUGGAAGGAUAUUGCUUCAGAUACUUUGUUUCUGAUAGGAGGGUCCUCCUCCUAUACAAAAGCUUAGCUGGUAUUUUGUCUGUUGUCCUUUCUCCCAAGAAACUCCAGUUUGGUGGUUCAGCUGGAUUUUUACACUGCAAAUAUAUAGCAAAAAAAGGUGAAGCCAAUACUGUAUGCCAAUUGUGGUACUCAGAAACGUCUGCUGAAAUUCAGUUCCGCCAUCCAUUAUCCGCUCAAAUUGGUGAAUCACUGCAGUACAAGACAGGGAAGUUCUGAUAAUACGUCCAGAACGGUAGGUGGAUCAGACAAAUUGGGGAUGAUGAUCCGGACACGAACGUUUAUGAGCUGAUUUCAAAAGUGUAGCUCACGGAAGAACAAAGGGAUCAUAUUCCCUGAUUUCCUGUUCGCCCACUAAUCUUCCCCACUUUAUUGGUAAGCAUCCAGCGUGCAAGUGGUCUAUGCUACUUUGAAGCUUUCCUUGAUGCUGCUAAUCUUCGCUCGUA